GGUUACGAGCUGCACAUAUUUGGGGUAACGUGAAUCUUUUCCGCCCCGAAAAUGGUGAAAUCGGGGAAACUUCGGUCUGGGACGGGGUCGAAACUGAAAAGAUGGAAGAAGGGACACAGCAGCGACUCAAACCCGCAGACCAGUCGGUUUCGACAGGCUGCUAAAAGCCGUUUCUUCAGCCGUCCCACCGGUAAUAGUGAUCUGACAGUUGAUGCACUCAAGCUGCACAAUGAGCUGCAGGCGGGUCCACUGGAUGUUGGAAGCCGUAAAGACGCCUGUAUGGAAGAGGAGCCGGAGCAGGCUCUGUCAGAAAGGACAUCGGGUACCUUCCUCAGUGGCCUGUCAGACUGCUCCAACCUGACCUUCAGGAAGGUGCAGCGAUUCUGGGAGUCCAACUCAGCUGCUCACAAAGAGAUCUGUGCAGUCUUAGCCGCCGUUACUGAGGUGAUUCGUGCUCAAGGAGGAAAGGAAACGGAAACCGAGUAUUUUGCUGCUUUGAUGACUACCCUAGAAGCUGUGGAUUCAGCAGAGUCACAGGCAGCUGUCGCAUACCUCCUCAGCCUCGUCAUGAAACGGGUUCCUACGCCAGUGCUCAUCUCCAAGUUCUCAGACACCACCAAGGCAUUGAUGGAUCUUAUGUCUAAAGAGGCAACAUCUGAGACCGCCUCAGCUCUUCGAUGGAUCCUGUCAUGCCUGGCCACGCUACUGAGGAAACAGGAGGUGUCUGUCUGGACUUAUCCAUCCACUCUCCAGGUUUAUCAUGGUCUGCUCAGCUUCACAGUGCACAGCAAGCCAAAGGUGCGUAAAGCAGCACAGCAAGGUGUGUGCGCCAUCCUCAGAGGUAGUGACUUCCUGUUCAAAGAUGACGCUCCACCCCAUCACCCUGCUGCCAUGACAACAGCGAAAUUCUGCAUCAAAGAAAUGGAGCAGGCUGGAGGCAGCAAAGAGGACACCACCACACUUCAUGUUCUGGGUCUUAUGAAGGAGCUGAUGGGGGUGUUUCCACUGGGAGCUGUCAAGUCCUGUUGUGAGACUUUGCUGCGAGUGAUGACACUCAGCCAUGUGCUGGUGACGGCCAGUGCCAUGCAGGCCUUCCAUCGGCUGUUCAGCGGGAAACCGAGCACUUCAACUCUGUCACCAGAACUCAAUGCACAGAUCAUCACGGCUCUGUAUGACUACUUGCCCAGUGAGAAUGACCUGCAGCCUCUCCUGGCCUGGCUGGCCGUCAUGGAGAAAGCACACGUCCACCUGGCGAGUUUGCAGAGUUCUCUAAGUUUGGGUCAUCUCCCUCGCCUGUUCUCUGCUGCCAUGUCCUGCCUGUUGUCACCUCACACACAGGUGGUCUCUGCAGCCUGCAACACACUAAAGACUCUGCUGACUGAAUGUGUGGCUCCUCACAUGGAUCAAAUGGGGCUGGUCACUGCCACAGCCUCUGCAGGGAACCCCUCAUAUAUCUGCAAAAUGUUUCGAAUCAUAGAAGAAGGACUGUCCUAUCGCUACCAUUCCUCCUGGCCAUUUGUGCUGCAGAUAUUGGGUUGUUUCUACAAAGUUGCAGGAAAAAAGGCACAUCCCAUUAUGACCAAGUCCCUACAGUCUCUGGCAGACCUGCGAACAACUCCUCAUUUCCCCUUCAGCGGUGAGUUGGACCUGGCAGUAGGUGGAGCUGUAGAGAGCAUGGGGCCUGAGGUCGUUCUAGGCGCUAUUCCCCUUAACAUCACCGGCUACGAUGACGACUUGGAGUUUCCACGCAGCUGGCUGGUCCCUGUCAUACGAGAUCAUGUCAAAAACACUCACCUUGGUUUCUUCACCUCGUAUUUCCUUCCUUUGGCGUCUACACUCAAGCAGAGAGCUGAAGAGCUGGAGCAAGCAGGACAGAAACUGGAGGCCAAAGUUUACCAGACACUACAGCUACAGAUUUGGACCAUGCUGCCUGGUUUCUGUACUUGUCCUGUGGAUCUGAUGGAUUCCUUCAAAGGCAUCGCCCGUACACUUGGCAUGGCUAUUAAUGAACGACCAGACCUGAGACUGAUAGUCUGCCAGGCGCUGCGCACCAUUAUCAACAAAAGCUGCUCCACAGCGGAGGAAAAAGCAGAAAUUGGUCGCUUCUCUAAGAACUUCCUGCCCAUCCUGUUCAACGUAUACAGCCAGCAGCCUGCAGCAGGGGAGUCUGGAACCUACAGGAUGGCUGUGCUCGAUACAGUUAAGGUUUACUUAACUGUAACAGAAACACAGAUGAUCUGCACGUUCCUGCAAAAGGCCACAGAGAGAUUAAGCAGCACAGAUAACAAUACAGAGUUCACACGGCUGUCAAUGAUGGACCUUGUUGUUGCCUUGGCUCCGUCUGUAGAUGAAGCCACUAUGACUCAAACCUUUGAGCUGAUCAGGCCGUAUUUGGAGACUAAAGAGCCAGGGAUGCAGAAGAAGGCGUAUCGUGUGCUGGAGGAGAUGUGCGGAGGAGAGAGCAAUGAGUGCAUGUCAUUUGUCAUAAAAAAUCUGGAAAAACUCAAGGCUGUCCUGCUUGAGACUCUGAAAAAUGCCUCCUCACCAGCAAAGAGGCCAAGACUAAAGUGUCUAAUCCACAUCGUAAAAAGACUCAGUGAAGAACAUAAGGACUUUAUCGUUACGCUGCUGCCAGAGGUUAUUAUUUGUACCAAGGAGGUCUCUGUUGGAGCUCGUAAAAACGCCUAUAAUCUUUUGGUGGAAAUAGGAAAUGCAUUUAUCCGCUUCUGUGGGAACACAAAAGAUGCCCUGGAACAGUAUCUGGUGAUGGUUUAUGCAGGACUCACAGGCUCCGUCACCAUGAUCACCUGCACAGUGUUGGCACUGACUCGACUCGUGUUUGAGUACAAAGACUCGAUAGAGAUGACCACCCUGGAGCAGCUGCUGCACAAUAUCUGCCUGCUGAUGUCCUCUCGUACCAGGGAGAUCGUCAAAGCAACUCUGGGCUUCAUCAAAGUCAUUCUCUUCAUCAUGGAUCCCAAGACUCUGGCCUCCCAUGUUACCAUCAUGAUGGAGGGCAUUGGGAACAUCAAAGAUGAUAUGAGGAGACACUUCAGAACCAAACUGAAGAACAUCUUCACUAAGUUUAUCAGGAAGUUUGGGUUUGAGCUGGUGAAGAGUAUGCUGCCUGCAGAACACCACAAAGUGUUAGUGAAUAUCCGCAAGGCUGAAGCUCGCACUAAGAGACGGAAACAGGCCGAAGAGCACCAGGACGACUCUGACAGUGAAGAGGAGACGCCUAAAGCCAAGAGUGAAAGUAUUGAAGACAUCCUUGCAGAGUCCGACAGUGACCUCUCAGACGAUGAGGGAAAACCUAGCAACUCGCAGAAAAAACCAGUCAAACAGCAGAAAGGUCGAGCCUGGCUCAAAGAAGGAGAGCACGAUGACCCGCUCAACUUCCUGGAUCCCAAAGUCUCCCAGAGAGUGUUAGCUACCAAUCCAAAGCUGAAGAAGAGCACCAAGGUUGAGCACGGCUUCAAGGUGACGUCAGAUGGACGACUUAUAAUUAAAGAUGAAGAGGAGAAUGUAAAGGACAAAGAUGAGGGGGAGAUGAAAGACAUCUUAGAAGAAGCUGGAGUUAAGAGUAAAAAGUCACAGAAGAGGAAGUUCCAAGAUGGCAACUUUGAUGAGGACAUGGACAUUGAGCCUGAGUUAAAAUAUAAAGCCGGAGGUGGAGGUAUCCACAGAGCCCUGGGAGGCAGCAGAGACAGUGGAGUAGACUACAAGUCAAAGAAAGGAAAAGGUGACGUAAAGAAAACAGGAAAGCCUGACCCUUACGCGUACAUCCCUCUAAGGAAAGCACAGCUCAAUCGCAGGAAGCGUGCCAAACUGCAGGGCCAGUUCAAGGGUAUGGUGAGAGGAGCCCAGAAGGGGGCGCUGUCUGGAAAGAAAAUGCAGAAGAAAAAGAGGAAAGCCUGAAGAGCACAUUGAAUUAUACUUUAAGGACUCUAAAUGUGUUGAGUGUGAUGGCGUGUUCGGAAACAUACCGAAAUUAAGACUUACACCGCUGAUGUGUGUGUGUCUGUGGUGUGUUAUAACAGAUAGAAAAAUGAAUCCAGUUUAUUUUUAAAACUGUCUACAUUAGUUAAUACCUGAGUGUGCGUUGAAUGUGCUGUCUCUGCUGUGGUACUAACUGAGCAAAUGUGAAUCAGUCAAUGAAAUAUUCAGGUUGUCACAUAAAGCUCUCCCAUAGUAUAAACAUAAAAAUAUAUGCAUGUGUAUUUGUACACAGAUGAACUGUUAUGAUAAGAGAGAUAUGCCUUUGUUUGACCACAUGAUGGCGUUCAACACUUUGGGAUUACUUCCAGUAAAAACAUUAAAAAUGCCCAAAAUGCUGCUCUUUAGUGGAGUGAAACUUAUUUUAAAGUGCUUGGUAGCUCAUAUGUUUUAUUAAAAGGUUUCUUUUGGGACCAUAUUCAUCUCCAAAUAGAGAAAUGCUGUAGGUUGUUUUGCAGGUUCACAUACCAUUAUCCUUGUGUGAUUCAUUUUCACAGAUGGAUUGCAGCAAAAUGACUCAUGUAGUGAUAAACCUCGUAAAUGCCCUCUUUGUGUCUGAGCUCAGUGUCAGUCAGUUUGUCUUGGAAGGGGGUCAGAUGACCAAGACUGAGCCCUUACAUUCCCAGACCAGGCAUCAUACAUUUUAAAGGUAUAUGGGUAUCAGGAUAUA